AGAUGGAUUGUUUGUUAGAAAUUAGAAUCUAGGUUUUGGCAAAUACUGGCAAGUGUUAUCUGACAUAUCUGCUAAGAGGGCAUCUGCAUCACUUGUGCAAACAUUGGUGGGUCUUUUUGGCGGUGCCAACGCUUUCAAACCCGCCAUCAAACAAAACACUUCCAACUAGAGAGAGACAAACAGAGAGAGGAGAGAGAAAGAGCAAUGGACGAAGAUGGGAUUUGCCUCGUCUUGGCUAGAACCUCCGAGCUUCGAUCCAAGAUCACCAGUUGCAUCCACAAAGCACCAAAUGCACACUCAGAACACGACAAUCAACAAGAAAAUGGAGAUAAAGACGACCCUUCUACAUCUUUGGAGAAGAAAAUCGGCGAAGCAGACCGAGAAGAAGAAGAAACAGAGAACCUUCUCGACAUUCGCGACGCCCUCGAAUCGCUGGAAGCUCAACUCUCUUCUUUGCAGUUGCUACAACAGCAGCAAGGGUAUGAAAGGGAGGCAGCUCUUGCUGAAAUUGAUUACAGCCGUGAGAAGUUGCUCAAGAAGCUGAAGGAGUAUAAAGGUGAGGACUUGGAAGUCAUACAUGAGGCUUCUGCUUUUGCUAGUGAAGCAGUAGGGGACAACAAUGAUCUCCUCCUUCCUCCGUAUCCAAGUCGAGGCCCUAGCUCAAUGUUUUCAGACAAUGGCCAUCUUUCGCACUUCACUUCCACACAUAAGUCCGCUCAAAAUGGGGUCAUCAGUGGUGACCCAACCAAUAAAACAAAGAAGAGUCUCCAUGAAUCAGAAAGAAAUCAAGUGCAAAAUGGAUCCAAAAAAUCAUCCAAAGGGUUGGGAUUUUUCAUCAAUGCGGCAGCCAAGACAGUGCUUACCUUUGUUGGUGUGGUAUCUUUGCUUACCUUGGCUGGUUUCAAACCUAGCCUUAUGAAAAGAGAUUCACAGUUCAAGGUUUUUGGCCUGUUUCGUCAGCAAGGAACUGCAGCGAAGAAAGCAAUUGUUCAAUGCCCGCCUGGGAAGGUCCUGGUGAUGGAGGAUGGGGAAACUCGAUGCAUUGUGAAAGAAAGAGUUGAAAUUCCAUUCGAUUCAGUCGUUGCAACACCAGAUGUAAGUUAUGGGUGUGGAUAAAAUGGUAUAUGCUUACCAUCUUUUGUAUAUCCCAAAUCUUUUUGAUGUGGUGUGUUUGAAAUUUCUUCUUAGGAGGCCUGCAGUAAUGAUGAUGUAUGUGGAAUUUUAUGAUUUGUUUGCAAAAAGUUUAUUCCAACA